AUGCGCGCGCAGCUUCGUUGCCAUAACAACCCGGGAUCCAAGCUGGCGGGUGAUGAAGAAAACCGGCGCGGGAUCCUGCGUCGACCUUUGCAGGAGCCUGCUGAAGACAGCGGCAUCGAUAGCGAUGAGGAGGCGCAGCUUUUGAGGGCGCAAGUGGACUUUGAAGUCCUGCAAUUGAAUGAGACUGGGAGUAGUGAUGAGGAGCUGGUUUUGAGAUCGCCGAGACCGAAGUGGGCUAAAAGGCGAUACGAAGAUCAAGUGCUGAACGAGUCCGGCAGCAGUGAUGGAGAGCUGAUAUUAAGGUCGCCAAAGCCAAAGUGGUCGAAGAGGAAAUACAACGAUCCAAUGGAAAACAUGGAGGAAGGACAGCUUGAUCGAGAGCUUUUAAUACCAAUGGUGGUAUGGCAGCGGCCACGGCUAGACGACAGUGACACUAUGAUGCCAGGGAGCCCCGAUCGCUCUUCCCCACCGUUAUAUGAAGUGGAGCUCACAGCCUCUGACGAGGACGACGAUGGCUCUGUAUUGGAACUGGUCAUACCACUGCAGUCCUCCAGAUACAAUAGGGUCAAUAACUCGACGCCUACAACGGCCUAUAUAGUUGCUAGUCUCUUUUGCAGCAUGUUCUGCUGUUUCCGUGAUUAAGUUUUACGAAUAUUGGUCACAGCACACAUUAACUGGGAAAGGGGACGCCACCGUAUCGCCUCACCGUCAACCAGGCAUCAACACUCAACAUAGUAAGCGCAUCAGCAGUUCCGAUACGUCGACUCGGCUAUAGCUAGGCGACUGACGCGAUCACACAGGCAAGCGUGGACUAAGAGCCAUAUGGAGAGACGAAGAGCCGUAAGCGUGGGUACUGAAAGUUGAAAGACCGCGUUUCGUGAGCUUGCCCCAACUCCUAAGGCGAGGCGAUUAAGUUACGAUUCCGAUUAGUGUGCGUUGCAGUAAGGAGUUUCAUACAAAGAAUAAUGGACGCCUCGAGAUGAUACGGCGACGCUAUCUUUUCGAGUUGAUAUGAGUGCUGUGACUUUA